AUGGCUCGUUCAACCAACCCCACCGGAUUUGACAUGAAGACCUUCACAGACGCUGCGACCAGCAGAGAAUGGCGAGCUAGGGAUCCUUGGGCACGAAGCGAGGCAUGGAGAUACACCGGUCCUUUCACGCGAUGGAAUCGAAUGAAGCGUGCAUUCCCCGGUCUCGGCAUUGCGUCGGUUGCAUUCGCAGGUUACGUUCUGUUCGAGGCACUGUUCCUGAACAAAUCGCAUGGCCAUGACAAUGGUCAUGGUGAAGGACAUCAUUAA